AUGCGCACCUGGCGGGGCGGGGCGCGGCGCGGCGCGGGGCGUCUCCGGCGGCGGGGCGGCCCCGGCCUCAGAGCCGGGCCCCGCGGUCGGCUGCAGCGCGCAGCCGGCCCGGCCCCAUGCCGAGCGCCGCCGCCGCCGUCGAGCCCCGCCAUGGGCGGCUGCGUGGGGCGGCAGCGCCGGGAGCGGCCAGCCGCCGGGAACCCCCGCAAGCGAGCAGGCCGCAAUGAGCCCCUGAAGAAGGAGCGUCCCAAGUGGAAGAGCGACUACCCCAUGACAGACGGGCAGCUGCGCAGCAAGCGGGAUGAGUUUUGGGACACGGCACCUGCUUUUGAGGGCCGCAAGGAGAUCUGGGAUGCCCUGAAGGCAGCUGCCUAUGCUGUGGAGGCCAACGACCACAGCCUGGCCCAAGCCAUCCUUGAUGGAGCCAGUAUCACCCUGCCCCAUGGGUCCCUGACGGAGUGCUAUGAUGAGCUGGGCAACCGGUAUCAGCUGCCAGUCUACUGCCUGGCACCUCCUGUCAACCUGAUCCUGGAACGGAGUGAGGAAGAGGCAGCAGAGCCAGCCGAGCCCCUGCCCAAUGCCCGUCGGGAGUUCACCCUUAAGGUGCGGCUCUCCACCGGCAAGGACCUGCGGCUCAGCGCCAGCAUGGGUGACACCAUCGGGCAGCUGAAGAAGCAGCUGCAGGCGCAGGAGGGCAUCGACCUGGCCUGGCAGCGCUGGUUCUUCUCAGGCAAGCUGCUCACUGACCGCACGCGGCUGCAGGAGACCAAGAUCCAGAAGGAUUUUGUUGUGCAAGUGAUUGUCAACCAGCCCCUGCCGCCCAGGAACUGAGCCACCCCCGACUGGUUGCAGGGAGAGGACAGGGGGCUGGGGGACAGUGGCACCUCUGGGGAUGCCCUGUGCCAUGUCCCAGCCCUGCCAGAGCCAGGGCAGCCCCUGCUCCCCCCUGAGGCUGUCCCCCACCCAUGUGACCCCACAGGAAGGUCUGGAUGGGGCUGUGCCCCUAUGGUUGCCCCCCUUGGCUGGGGACAUGGGCACACACUGUGUUUGCUGCAGGAGGUUCGAGACCAAAUGUCUCUGGGGCGGUCAGCGUGGCUGGGGCCCCACUGCCAGGCUGUGCUGGCAGGGAGAGGCCGUGACCCGCUGGGCUCCAGCUCCCCCUGGCCGGGAGGCCCCGGGCGUUGGGCUGGGUGGAGAUGUCUCCCCGCUGUACAUAGUCUGUAUUUAUCAAUAAAGCCUUUUCAUCCUUC